AUGGUGGUGGCCGUGGUGGUCCCUGCCAAAGCAGUCUUUUUAAUGGGACUGUAUGCUGCAGUUAGAGACAUUGUGAUCUAUGGGCCUGAAUAUGUUUCUAGAAGGCUCUGGAUCUGGCAGUCCAUCGACAGCACCAUUGAAGGAGGUGGCCUGCAGACGCCAAGGAUGGAAAUGAUGCUGCAGGUCAUUUUUCCUAGCAUGAACCAUGGGAUUGGAGGGCUCCUCCUGCAGUACCACAUGCCCAGGGAUUUGUAGUGUGCUCAGCAAUGGCUAUGGCAACUCCACGAUCUUCAGAAAGGGCCUCCCCUUAGUCCUACGGCUUUUAAGCAUCUGUUCCUUACAGGCCUUGCUGUGUCUACUGACCACAAGGCUAGUGAGGCUGAGGAAAGGGGUCUUUGGGCCCAGGUCUUUGCCCUCCUGGCACGAACACUCUGAGGCCUGUGCAAGGAUCUCUGACCCCAGGGCCAGCACCCUUCUCUGGGAUCCUGGGCCUCCAUCCUUGACCUAACCCCUGACCCUUCCCUUUCACUUGAUGGUUUUUUUUUCUCUUCUCCCUUGCCCCAUCCUGGGCAAGUGCUCUUUCUAGCCCCUGGUCCUUCUUCAGAUCGCUGGCCAACCCUGACUCCUGACCCCCCAUGUUUAUUCCUAUCUGAUCUUGUUUCCUAUGCCUAG